GCUCGUUGUCCCGCCCCAUCCUCCUCUCCCUUCCUCUGACGACCUCACGCCGCUCGCCAGCAUGAGCUUCCAGAACUUCAGGCUGGGGCCCCCGCCCCCACACCACGCAUUCUCAGAGAUCGACACGCCCCCGCACUCCACGCUGUCUGCGGGACAGUCGUCGUCACUUUCGCCUCCCUUCGGGCAGCUGUCGAGCGACUCGGGCACGCGCGUGCAGUCGCCCUCUUCGGCCACGCACUUUGCGGACAACUCGCGGAAGGGGCUGUACGGGUCGGGGGACGCGGACGACCGCUACACGCUCAUCUUCGAGAACAUGGACGCGUUCGAGGCGUGGCGGCAGCGCGAGGAGGAGGAGAAGAUGGUCGAGUUCGUCAAGGGCGACACGCACGCGUCCAAGGCGGUCCCGCCGCGGUUCAAGGAGCACACGAAGCUCGUGUGCGGGCGCCAUUCGCGCGGGGGGAGGAAGAAGUACGUGAAGAAGUAUCCGGACAGGGUCAGGAAGGUGCCUAGCAGGAAGCUUGAAGGCAUCGGGUGCCCCGCGUCGAUCAGCUACAAGACGUACUUCGAUACGGAGGAGGUCCGCGCAUGCUACAUCUCUGACCACUCGCAUGAGACUGGCCUGGCCAAUCUCCCCUUUACGAAACGUGGGCGGAAAGCGCAGGCUGAGAUGGAUGCGCGUGCUACAGGAGAACGCCCACGAGGUCGACCCCGCAAGGACCGGCCGCAGGAGCCUGAGCAGUCGUCAUCAAGCCCGCAGUCUGUCUCAUUCAUGGACGAUGCGCAGAAUGCCGUCGCGGGCCCCUCUUCCGCGCCGCAGAUCGCCCAGCAGCACCAGCAGCCUCCGCCACAGAUGCCCGAAUCACAGCAGACGUUCCAGUCGAGCAUCGCCAUGCUGGCUCCUCUUCCUUCUAUGGCUCACGUGCAGCAGACUGGAGUCGAGAUUUCGCAGGAGCGGUGGGAUCGAAUGGGUGUGCUCUUCCAAAGUAUCCGGGACCAUGCACGGUCGUUUGAAUUCCCAGCACCGUCGGUGGCUGCUUUGGAGAGUGUACUCAUCCGUCUGUAUCUGGAGAGCCCUAUCGGAGGGGGAUUAAGUGCAAGUGUUCCCGCGAUGGAUGGUAUGCAUGGAGGGGUCGGAAUGGGUGGACCCUCGAUGGACGGUCGUCAUAACCACCAUGGAGCGGGGACAUAGGCCGUAGUCAGUUGUCUUCUUUUAAAACACCUAGCAACUAUUUCAGACGUGUAUCUCUUGGCACUGCCUCGAUAUCUUGGAC